AUGAUCAUAUUAUUAAGCCCAGAUUUCAGUGAAUAUUUAAAUUAUGCUCGUAAAUUAUUAGAAUCUUUUGUUGAAAACUUUCAAAUUUUAUAUGGUAGUUAUUUAAUUUCACAUAAUAUACAUGGCUUAACACAUAUAUGUGAUGAUUACAUUAAUUUUGGUCCACUAGAUCAAUGUUCAACCUUUCCAUUUGAAAACUAUAUGGGUACUUUAAAAAGAAUGUUGAGAAAACCAGAUAAGCCACUGGAACAAAUUAUUAAUAGGUAUAAUGAAAUGGCUUCAAUUCCUUGUAAUACAGAGAAAAAAGAUUUUUAUUUUUCCGGACUCCAUAAUAAAGGUCCAUUGUUAGAUAGUGCAGCUAUAAAUUCACAAUUCACCACUUAUAAAUGCAAUAGGUUUACACUUAAAACGCACAUUGAAGCAGAUUCUUAUGUUUUAACCAAAGAUAACAAUAUAGUUAAAGUUUUUAACAUUAUUCAAUCUGGCAAUGAAAAUGAAGCUAUUAUAAUAUGUACACAAUUUAUAAAUCCUUUCCCCUUAUUUAAAAAACCAAUUGAGUCAACAUAUUUAAAUAUUUAUGUGGUUAAUAAAUUAAAUGAUAAAUUAAUUUUAUUUAAUAUUAAAGAUAUUAAAAAAAAGUUUGUGUUUUCCCCUCUGGUGAAAAUCUAA